AUGUCGCAUGUACCCAAGCAGCAGCAGCUCGAGCUCGAGCAGCAGCGGCGGAGGCUACGGCAAGAAGAAGAAGAAGAAGCAGAAGAAGAAGAAGAAGAAGAAGAAGAAGCGCCCCUCCUCCUCCUCGUCUUCUUCCUCCUCCAGUUUCGGAGGAUACGGCCGCUGAUUGAGGCUCCCCCGCCCCGCCCCGCCCCGCCCCCCGGCACCGCUGGACGGGUCCCUCUCGCCGUCUCCCUUCUGCACCGUUUCUCCAUCCGUCGCGGAUGGCUGUGGCUUUUUGGGGCUAGUCAUGGUUCUUCUCUUCUUCCCUCCCAUAGACGGAUCACAGAGGAAUGCCAGAUGAAACACGAUGCGGACAACGAGUCGGCUUUACAGACGAGCCCGGGGCUGAGUGACCUCCUUCCAGUAACUGGGACGACUCACUUUGCCAUCUGCAUUGCCCAGACAAGAGUUGAGGGCAAAGUCUGGAAUGCCAAAGACAUCAACCAAGGCAGCUGCAUCAUCCUUGAGUUCGUCACACAGACGAAGGAUGUUCCGCUGGAUCAGUCCUUCGGGAUCCUCCUCCUUUCUGCAGUAUCCACCUAUAGAGCGAAGAAACAUAGUGGAGUCAUCAAUGAUUACCACAUGACUCUUACCAAGGAGAUGAGGUUGAGCAAAAUCCUUGGGGCAGAAAGUCUCCACCUUGAUCUUGGGAGCACGAGAGAGAAAGGCCACAGAAGUGGGGAGAGGCACAUUCUUCUGACCCUGCUGGAUACCCUCCCAAACGAGGAGAAGGAAAUUGGACGUCUGUUGAAGAAGGACGUUGUUGUCCCCCUCAUAUGUGCAGUUGCCAUCGUUGUCCUCCCGAAGGAUCCCGAUUCCGGCCGCCCGGAGAUGCACUUCAAACUGCUGCAUGAGUUUCCAACAGAUAACGGAUAUCCCCAGAGCAUAGGAUUUUCCCACCUGAAGCUGAUACUCCCAGACUGGGACCUCUACAUGAGACUGGGGACCGAACUGCUUGCGGGCACAGGAAUAGCGGAUCGCAAUGGUGAGGGCCUUCUGCAGACAGGAAAACAAAGAUCGGUACCCGUUGUCGAUGCCAUUGAGACCGAGUUUGGGGCCCAUGUCACCGACAGAGACACCAGGGAGGGGAAGCAGGGUCUGCAUGUCACGAAGAGGCACAACAAAUGCAUGCAGACCAUGGCACACAUUGUCAGGGGUGUACAACUGGGCAAACACAAGAGCAUCGGAACACGACUGUACCUCGAAGUUGGUGGUGCGGCGGGCAAACUCCUCGUGCCGCUUGGUGCCCUGGCCCUUCAGGGCCGAGAUGAAGAACUCCCCGGCGAGGAACUUGCGAGCCAGCAGGGACCAGUCGUACAACCCCAUCGCCACGACGUACCCAAUGAUCAAUUGGGGACAUCGGUAAGCCUCGUUUUCGGGGAGGAAGUUGUACUCACGUAUCCGCUUCAGGCAGCGGAAUGUCCUCGCCCGCAUCUCCUCCAGGCUCUCCUCAUUCUUCGGACGGGCAAACACUGGGUCCCGCUCCAUUGUCUCCCACAUUUUUCUCUAAGGUCCACCCCAUGGCUUCUGCACCACAAGUACACCACAAUGCAGGAGCCACCAAUGUCUCUGUAUUGUAACCACGUUCCACUGUCUCACUGCGGUGGGAGUGUCCUCGGAGGGCAGUACAGUCCCGAAGGGACGGCAGAGGAGUACCCCAGUCCGACGCCACGCGUACUUGAGAGGGUUCAUUGCGAGGGGAUUGUAAUACUUGGGGAGCUCAAUGCCAGUCAUGGCCUUGACCCGGUUCACCUGAUCCUCAGCUGCCUUCAGCAUGUGAUGGCUGGGGUCCACCUGCUCUCCGAGAUUCGCCCUGCCGCCCAUGGCAAGGGCGCCUGCCAUCACAGCUGCUUUCGUGGCAGCCGACACAGCUGCCAGAUCCUCGGGCGUUGCCUUUGGUCCAAACUUCCUCGGCUCACUUGGACCUUCUGCAAAACAACAACAGAUUAUGAAUAUGGAUUCAAGAACUUUGUCAAGAGUAUUGAAUUCGCCCAUUUGCACAUUUCUGCCAUCAAACAACCCACCUCCUAUCCUGGCUGCGAGAACGUCUGCGGCGACGAUCCUGUCUCCGAUCGCCAGGUCUCCUCUUCCGGUCCCGGCUGGAGCUGCGAUGACGAUCGCGAUCCCUCCGCUCUCGACUUCUAUCCCGGCUCAGGCGUCUGUUUGAAUCCUCAUCGGAGCUCGAGCCGCGUCGCCGCACCCGGCGACGAUCGUCGGCACGUUCUCGACUGCUGCGACCGGGGUCUCGGCAGGGCCAGCUCUCAUCCGCCUGUCAGGAAAGGGGCACCCGUCUCAGGGGAAGGAGACACACCACAGCAACAGAGCGACAUCUUCCCUCGAGGCAAGCCGAUGGCGGUUGGAUCUCAGGCUUCCCUGAAUCCAAGGAUGCCAGGGGAUUUACUUUCCAUACAAGCAAUCACAAGUCUGCAUUUAGAUGACAGCAUCCUUCAUAUCCCUCACAUCAUCAAUUAUUUGCUAGAAGUUCAAGUUAACAAAACAAAUACCGAUUGUGAUGCAAAAGUGCCCGUGGGCCUCCUGGGUGCGGACGCAACGUCGUUGAGCGAGAUCCCACACUCGAAUGGUCUUGUCAUCGCUGGCACUGAGCAGGUACUUCCCGCCCGGGUGGCACACCAGGCCCCUCACCCAGUUGUCAUGCCCAGCCAGCCCCCGACACCAAAUCAUUGCAUCACAUCUCAUCUGGUGGAAGAGGAACCAAAAAGUACAUGCAAUAAAUACCUGAGAGAAAACAGAUUCUUUCCUCACCUUGAUGGUCUUGUCACGAGAACCAGACAAGAGGAAGGGGCCGGACCGCCCCCCGGAUCGCCCAUCCCCAGCCUCGGCCUGCCUGGCUCCCUCAUCGAUGCUCUUCAGAAUCCAUCCCGGGAUGAAAAUGUCGGCAUUCCUGCCGAAUGUCAAAACCACAGGAAAUACCUUGGUCACGGGUGCACGAUGACCGGUGAGGCAGAACUUCUCGGGAGGUCGAGGGAUCCACUCGUCGGCGGAUCGCUUGUCCCGUGGGGGUCCACCCACCCGCAGUUCGUUGCCAAAGAGGAAGCCUUGGAGAUGCAAGCAUGCACAAGCACCUUCUUUGACAUCCGAAGGAUGGCAGUCCAGCGUUUCUCAAGGAGACCGGAGAAUCUUCCAUCGGUAUCGCCGGGAAGUGCUGCCUCUCGCUUGAACAUCUCCAAUGUCUCCAUGUACCCAUUGUUUGCAAGGAGUGGUCUCCAAGAUCAACUUCAACUUUUGGACAUGUACAAGGGGCUGAUGGAAGGCAGGAAACAGAAUGAGAUCCACUCAAUCACUCAAUUGGCCGGGACAUCGCGCAGCACUGCUACGACCUCAUCGCUGGGUGACGUGGAGACGCUCGUGGCCCCGUGGAAGCACCGCGUUGCAUGUGGCAGUGGGGAGGCGACGGCCUGCGCAUGCGCCUGUACUGGACAGGCUCAACUCCAUCAUGCCCGUUUCGGAUGGAUUAAGCCUAACUUUGAGCGUUGCUCGGAAGUAACGGUUCACGGGAAUGUCACAUUCCUCUUGAACCUAAUGCCUGUUCCAUCGAGUUCGACGACAGUUGGGGCCGGGGGUCGAGGAACCACCAAGUCCAUCGGGUCUCGACCUUCGUCAGGUGCCGUUAGACAGAGGAAGACCACGUCGUCCGCUUCCGCCUCCCGAGCACGAGCGACCCCCGCUGGAGGAAGCGGAGGGAUGUGGAGGUUCUACACCGAUGACUCCCCCGGGAUCAAGGUCGGGCCCGUCCCCGUCCUCGUGAUGAGUCUCCUCUUCAUCGCGUCCGUGUUCAUGCUGCACAUCUGGGGGAAGUACACCCAAGUGUCAAGAAAGCACCUGGGAAGCAUCAUAAAGACAAGAUGCAUUGGAGGCAGUGGACUGCUUGAAAGGGAAGGAUGGAAAUUCAUCCUCCAUCGAUGUGUUGAAAUAAUUGCUGGUGCCACUUGCACCAACCUAAUGGGAUUGCCGUUUGAGCAGACCCAAGAACGUGAUCCAAUGCAUGGGAUGCUGAGCUUGUGUGUUCUUUGCGGUUUUUGUAUCCUCGUUGCACGGAUGGACCCCAAGAAUUAG